GGCGACCAUGCAGAGCAGAGCCCCUGGCAGUAGUGGAAGCUGAAGUCAACAUUCAACAUCUACCAUAUAAAAACAAACAAACUUACAAACAGCUCCACUGAAAACUGACAUGAUGGCUUGGCUCAUUUGCACUUUUUUGUUUCCGGCAUUUGUGGUGAUUCUAUAUUUUCUGAAGAGGAGAUUUGGCGCAUCCCAAAACCAGAGUCCUCCAGCUCUGCCUUCCCUUCCCAUCAUUGGGAGCCUCCUCAGCUUGAAGACUGAUCGACCACCACACAUCUUCUUCCAGGAGCUGCAGAAGAAGUAUGGGGAUACAUACUCUUUCAUGAUGGGCUCACACAAUGUCAUCAUAGUCAACAACCACCAACAUGCAAAAGAGGUCCUCAUGAGGAAAGGAAAAACAUUUGCUGGAAGACCACGGACUGUCACUACAGACAUCUUAACACGCGAUGGCAAAGACAUAGCUUUUGCAGACUACAGUCCCACUUGGAAGUUUCAUCGCAAGAUGGUGCAUGGGGCUCUCUGCAUGUUUGGAGAGGGGACUGCUUCGAUUGAGAAAAUCAUCUGCAGGGAGGCCGAUUCCAUGUGUAAGACUAUGGGCGAGAUGCAGAGCUUGGCUGUGGACUUGGCUCCGGAGCUGACCCGCGCGGUCACUAACGUGGUCUGUUCCCUGUGCUUCAGCUCCUCUUACAAGCGGGGAGACCAAGAGUUUGAGGCCAUGCUUGAGUACAGUCAGGGAAUAGUGGACACAGUUGCCAAAGACAGCCUGGUGGAUAUAUUUCCAUGGCUACAGAUUUUCCCAAACAAAGACCUGAAAAUCCUCAGGGACUGUGUGUCUAUCAGAGACAAGCUGCUUCAGAAGAAAUAUGAGGAACAUAAGACCAACUACAGUGAUAACAUCCAGGGGGAUUUGCUAGAUGCCUUGCUGCGGGCCAAGCGCAGCGCGGAGAACAACAACACAAGCACCCAGGAUGUGGGCCUGACCGAUGACCACGUCCUCAUGACCGUUGGCGAUAUUUUUGGGGCAGGGGUGGAGACAACCACGACUGUUCUGAAAUGGACAAUCGCAUAUCUAAUACAUCAUCCACAGGUGCAGACCAAGAUUCAGGCCGAACUGGACAGAAAGAUUGGAAGGGACCGGCACCCUCAGCUCAGUGACCGGGGCAACCUCCCCUACCUGGAGGCCACCAUCAGAGAGGUGCUCCGCAUCCGGCCCGUCUCCCCCCUACUCAUUCCCCACGUAGCCACAACUGAUGCCAGUAUUGGGGAUUACAAUGUUAAAAGAGGAACUCGAGUUAUUGUCAACCUCUGGUCUCUGCACCACGACCAAAAAGAAUGGAAAAACCCAGACCUCUUUGACCCUGGCCGGUUCCUGGACAAGGAGGGCGGCGGUCUGUGCUGUCCGUCAGCCAGCUACCUGCCGUUUGGCGCCGGGGUGCGGGUGUGCCUGGGGGAGGCCCUGGCCAAGAUGGAGCUCUUCCUCUUCCUGUCGUGGAUCCUGCAGCGCUUCAGCCUGGAGGUGCCUGCCGGACACCCGCUGCCUUCGCUAGAGGGCAAAUUCGGCGUGGUCCUGCAGCCACAGAAAUACAACGUCCUCGCACGCCUCAGGGAGGGCUGGGAGAAAGGCCAAGCCCUUUCCACGGAGUAGAGCUGCCGGCCAGAUUAAGAUGGCCAAGUCAAAAAAGAGGGGAAAAAAGAAAAAAAAAAUCCUUCACAUUAUUGUGUUCCCAUAGAGCUGAUUUUUAAAAUACUGUAGUCUCAUUCUGUGCUGAACAUGUUUUGUCAUGCUUUGUCUUGAUCUGUGCAUGUUGCUGAUACUAGUGUCUUGUUUUAUAAGUAAUAUAAUAAAUGACAUUAAAAGCAAAGACCUUGGUAU